GUCACCUGGAGACUCACCGCCCAAUGGAGAAACAUCUUUUCGUGCCCACAUGAUGCGUCUGCGUGGCUGGUAUCGGUGCUUUACGUCAACACCACGUCUCGCCGCUGGGGGGUUGAACUACGUCUUGCUGGAUAGCAAGAUUCACAAACGUUUGUCAUACAUGCAGCCUCAAAGAUGGAUCGGCUGUCUGCUUUUUAUUCUUGGCCUACCUUCUUCCAUUUUGCUCCUGCAUACCGAUCCACCACUUGCUGUGUGCCUGUCUGCCCCCGUUCUGAUAUUGUUGGUGACUUUCUCGUUUCACAUGUUGGAAAAUUCUUUGGUGUACGCUCGCGAAGAACCCGCCCACUCAAGAUUAUGGUGUGACUCGCCAGAGGACCAUGGGUUUCAAGUGUGGGAAUCCGUGAACAUCUAUCCCGAUGGUAACGGAGGACCGAAGGUGACCGGGUUUCUUCUGUUCAAUGAAGAUGCGACUGCACGUACAAUCUGCCCUACCAUUUAUCUCCUGCAUGGAAAUGCAGGCAACAUUGGUCAUCGGUUGCCCUUAUGUCGCUUGUUAGCUGACCAUGUGCAUUGCAAUUUGUUUUUGAUUGAUUAUCGCGGAUACGGCCGUAGCAGUGGGAUUCCCAGUGAACCUGGUUUGUACGCUGAUGCUCAGGCUGGCUUGGACUACCUACUCAGCCGUUUGGAUAUCGCCUCUGACCGGAUUUUUGUAUUCGGUCGUUCUAUCGGUGGUGCUGUCGCUAUUCACUUAUCCACUUGCGAGAAGAACAGUUCGAUUCGUGGCGUCAUCAUAGAGAACAGUUUUACCUCGCUUCCCUCCGUGGCACGUCAUAUAUUCGGUGCUACUUGCGGUCUGUUAAGGGAUUUUCUCCCCUCAUGGAUAUUUGUUAACAAAUACCCCUCAUACGAUCGGUUGAAGACCUAUAUAGCCAACUGUCAGGAUCUGCAUCCACGGUUUCUUUUCAUUUCCGGAGAUGUAGAUGAAGUGAUCCCUUCUGAGAUGAUGAAGAAGCUUUCCGUGGUCUAUGCACAUUCUGAAACAUCGACUUCGACUUUUCAAAAUGCGGUCACUCCUGCUGAGUUUCUCAGCAGCCGAAAAGAUGGAUUAGUAGUCUUUUCAGGAGGUAAACAUAACACAACGUGGCUUUGUCCAAAUUGGGCUGCUGUCAUAUCACAUUUCAUCCAACAAACCUGCGCUUAUUACUCCAGUGCAAAGUCCAAUGCGGCGAUAGUUUAAACUGCUCGGUCUUCUAUUUUUUACCUGCUUCUCACGUCUUCCAAUUUGGCAAGUUAUUUUGCUGUUUCAACGUUUUUGGUGGACUUGAUUCACUUGUGUUCGAGUUUUUCAGUCGACGCGCUUGUGCAGAUGUUCGUCUUAUGUCUUUUA